GUAGGGCGAAAUCCAAAGCACAAAUCAGUCUAGCCAACAACAUGAUCGCGAUCAGCACUGUAAUCUGGGCGCUAACGAUUCUGGUGUACCAUCACGCACAAGGGGAUCCGUCGUAUGAAAUACAAAUUACUGAGAUAAAAUCGAUAUCUGACAAUAAAGAAUAUGUCGAUCCUGUAGAAUUGUCAGCUGGAACAUCAACUAUCAGCAUCAAAUCCACAGUAAAAAAGGAAGUUCCCCAGGAUGCCAUUUGCGAAACUCUUUUCUACAAAAAUGUAGAUGGCAACUUCAAGAAGAGCCCAAUCGGCAUAGCAGCUGCUCCAUGCUGCGAGGUCAUGUUUGAGAAUGAACUAUUUAAACGCAUUAUGGAGAACCAAAAUGUUCCUAAGGCGUGCCCCUUUACACCGGGGACGUAUUCCGUGGAAAACUACGCUCUAGACACAAGUAAACACAAAAACCCUCCCAGAGGAGAAUACCGAGCCAACUUCACAGCAUCCCUCCCAUCAGAAGGAAUUAUCUACGGGGUGCUUCUCACAUUCAGCAUUGUUGACAAAGCUUAAACUUUUUAGGGGUUUCGCUCAAGCAACUCCACUUCGUCUACUGUGUCAGAUGUAUAAUAUUAUCACCAUGUAUUUCAGUAUUUGAAGAUAAAUUGUCUUCAUGGAAUAUAA